UGUUGUGUUGUGUGCUGUCCACCGCCAAAUUCAAACAGUGAACGAAACAACAGCAAGACAGAGGGUCAUUUUUUUAAUCAACCGAUUCAUUAAGUUCAUCAUGGCAUCUUCAAUGAUGGAUGGGGUUGGUAAAGCUAUGGUAGGAGUCUGGCGGGCACAUACAGUCCUGGAUGAGUCUGAUGGACCAGACAGCUCCCCAGAAGCCCCUGAUCGUUUCCGCAAGCUCCGCUCCUCAUCAUCACUCAACAGUCUGCGAAUGUCUUUGAGGAAGCGUCUCCCACUUCGAUCCAUCCAGACAAACUCCCUUCCUGAAAAUCCAACCUGGGAAACACAACAGGAGCAACCAAAACCCAGCACAGUCCGCAAACUUACCCGCAGUGCACGAAACUCUAUCAGUGGAGUCUAUCAGAAAUUUCAGAGAAACAGGGAGUUUUCACGUGAGGAGUGUUUGGUUGCAACCCCAGGACGAACAUGUGAUGGGGAGGAACCUGUUGCCUCAACAUCUCGCACCCCAAAACGUACGCCCCGCAGACCUCCAACACCCAGACGCACCCCAAGAGCAACAGCUACACCAGGACGCACCCCAGGGUCUAGAAUGAAGAAGACACCUGAGGCAAGCGUACGGGGGGUGAAAACUGGAGGAGGCAGGAGGCAGCUGGUCCGCAUGGCUGCUUUACGGAGUCCAUUUGCAUCCCCCAACACUCAGAACCAGAGACUAAAAUUUGACAAAGAUCUGGAGUCCGUCUCUAGUGGACUGAGGAAACUCAAACAUCUGUCCAAAGCCUUUGAUGAACUCAUCGGCAGAGAUGACAGAGGCAGUACAAAGGAGCGUUUUGGAGGAACAAUGAUGAGAAAGUUGGACCCCAGCGGUAAACUCUGUCGCUCAAACCUCACACGUCGAGCAGUGAAUCUCUCAAACACAGUGGGAGGUUGGGCACACACAGCUGUAAACACUAUGCGCCAACCCAACUGAACUACAUGCAUGUGUGUGUUUUAUAAAACAGGACCUUUGUGGCCAUGUUCCACGUUUAUUGUUACUGUGGUGUCACUGUUACUUGUACGUCUUGGUGUCAGGAGACUGUUACAUGGCCACUUGUUUUCUUUUCUACCUAUGCUGUUUGUAUUUAGCAGUGUCCAAGUAAUUUUUGUGUGUUUACACAUCUCAGGUUAGCUAGUUGUGGAUAAAAAAUCCUCCCAUUAGCUACCAAAGGGAUAUUUUUAUUGUGGUUAUUUUGUACCUGUAGCUGCUACAACCAAAUGUCCUAGUUACAUUUUAAAACAAUACUAAUACUGUAGUUUGUAUUCUCACUCUGCAUAGAAAUGGUUUUCUACGUUCUUUAGCCUACUUAAAAUGAAAAUCUGCACAAAACCAAAAUUGUAUCUGCAGUACUAACACUAAGUUCAUUGACAAAGGGAGAUACAUUUCCUUGUACUUUAUACAUGUAUGCAAUAACGUUACUAACAUAUGCCACACACUCUAAAAUAUGAUUUGAUUAUGCCAAAUUGUAUGUGUAAAACUGUAUUUUCUAUGAAAGGGGAUGUUUUUUAUACAAGCAGUGUUCAAAUGGGAUUUAACUCUUUAUACAUAUAUAUUUUGUGAAGCAGACUCAGGCACCUGAAAUGGUCUGAGAUGAUCCAUGUGCCAGUACUGUACACAAAGAAUCAUCUGAUAAUGUGAGGAAUGAGAUGCAAUGGCUCAUUAGCUGAUGAUGAUUAUAAAGCCAUAUCCAACAGUUAUUACUAUACUGAACAAGCACCCUUAAAUGAA